GCUAAGUAGUUCAAAACAAAGUCCUCAAAGCCAUUAAGAGAUAGAAGGAGAGGAGAGUCAGCAAAAGGGCAAUCAUGGGUGGUGAGAGGAGCAAGAUUCUGGUGUUUGGAGCCUCUGGUUAUCUUGGCACAUACAUGGUCAAGGCCAGUGCUUCCAUGGGCCACCCAACUUACGCCUACGUCCGCCCUGUCAAACCCGGCUCCGAUAAUUCAAAGCUGGCCUUGCUCAAGGAAUUUGAAUCAAUGGGGGUCACCAUUUUCCAGGGAGAAUUGGAUGAUCAUGAGAUGCUUGUUUCAGUGCUUAAACAAGUAGAUGUUGUGAUAUCUACGCUGGCUGUUCCUCAAUACCUUGAACAACUCCACAUAAUAAGUGCCAUGAAAGAGGCUGGCAAUAUCAAGAGAUUUGUGCCGUCGGAAUUUGGGAACGAAGUGGAUCGGGUUCGGGGCUUACCACCUUUCCAAGCUCUUUUGGACAGGAAGAAGAAAGUGAGAAGGGAGACAGAAGCAGCAGGGAUACCCUUCACUUAUGUGUCUGCAAACUCACUUGCUGCCUAUUUCGUGGACUUUUUGCUUCACCCACACGACAAGGUUGAUGAGGUUACUCUAUAUGGAAGUGGUGAAGCCAAAGCGGUGCUGAAUUACGAGAAGGACGUAGCAGUCUACACUGUGAAAGCUGCUACGGAUGCAAGGGUAGCCAACCGGGUCAUUAUCUAUAGGCCCCAGAAAAACAUUGUCACCCAAUUGGAGUUGGUUUCUUCCUGGGAGAAAAAGACUGGUCGUACUCUCAAGAGGACUCACAUUCCUGAGGAAGAAAUCAUCAAGCUCACAGAGACCUUGCCAUUCCCAGACAACGUACCCGCGGCAAUUCUUCACAAUAUAUUCAUAGAAGGUUGUCAAUUGAGCUUUGAUCUGAGAGAGGAUGACUUAGAGGCCUCAAACCUUUAUCCUGAUUACAAAUACACUUCAGUUGAUGACCUCCUCAACAUCUGUUUGGUCAAUCCUCCCAAAACUAAACUCUCUACAUUUGGCUGACCAUCUCUUAUGUUCUUUUAAGUUUCUAUCACUCAAUGCCUAGCUUGUUUCCUUUAAGCAUGAAAAAUAAUGUCUUGUUAUAAGAUCAUAAUGUUUUCGUCCGAUGACACUUUAUGGUGAAAGGUUCUAAAUUUUUAUUUUUUUCUCCUGGAAAGCCGAGUAAAUAUUGAAUACAACGGUGAUACUAUGUCAUCAUUGAUGACAUGGUAUCACUUACCAAUAAUAAAACCCUAAAUGGGAAAUGUGAACCUCACUUGGGC